UCAGAUUGGCUGUUCGCUCUCGUCCUUUAACCUUUUCCAGUUCGCUGUGACGGGUGACUGUGUCUUAUUUAGUUUUAGCUGUAACAUAAUCUCUUCCCAUCUCACAAAAUGAGGAUCUACAAGGAUAUUUUCACUGGAGAUGAGAUGUUCUCAGACACCUACAAAAUCAAACUCAUAGACGACGUUCUAUACGAAGUUUAUGGAAAGUUGGUCACCCGUAAAGCAGGCGAAAUCCAGCUCGACGGUUUCAAUCCUUCAGCGGAAGAAGCUGAUGAGGGAACAGACGUAGCUGUUGAAUCUGGAGUCGACGUCGUUUUGAAUCAUCGACUUAUGGAGACUUACGCAUUUCACGACAAAAAGUCUUACACUCUUUACUUGAAGGACUUCAUGAAAAAAUUGGUAGCUAAAUUGGAAGAAAAGAAUCCAAGUGAAGUCGAAGUCUUCAAGACGAAUAUGAACAAAGUGAUGAAGGACAUUUUAGGCAGAUUUAAAGAGCUUCAAUUCUUCACUGGAGAAUCUAUGGAUAUCGACGGAUUGGUUGGUCUCAUGGAAUAUCGCGAUAUCGAUGGAGAAUCCGUGCCGGUUCUCAUGUUUUUUAAACACGGCCUGGAGGAAGAGAAAUUCUAAACAAUUUUUAGCUAACGAACUAAUUACGAAAAUUUUUAUAACCCGGAAUCAAGACUGCACAGAAGCUGAGAAUUUAGUUGAACGAAAAGAAAUCUAAGGGAAAUCUGCUUCCAGUGAGACACGCGUCCCUGAUUAAUUUAUUUUUAAAACACCACUUCCAUUGUUUACCUUUCGACGACUUUUGCCGAGAAGCGAUUGUACAUAUUUAAAAAGAAAUGAAGAUAAAAAGGAACCGAUUAAUACUCGAGAGCGAAACUGCGUGUAAUUUUUCAAAUGCUUUGUUUGUUUGUUUUUUUAAUUGUUUUCUUCUCUAAUUCCAUUUUACAAUUCAUUGGAUGAUUCUUUUUUUUAUUGUCAAGACACGCUUUAAGUGAGAUUUCGAGAUUGGUGAGGCGGAUAUGGGAGGAGAAAUUAAAUUUAUUUAUGCCGAUGCUCGACGAUUGUUUCGAACUACCGAUUCGAUUUAUCAGUGAACAAAUAAAAGUCGAUGUUUUCA